AUGGGCAGCAUCGGUGUCAUGGCCAACACUACGGCCUCGGCCAUAUAUCAAGUCGCCGCGCCUACGUACAAAUCCUACGUAGAUUUCUUUUCGGAAUUCGUUCAAGUCAUCCUCUGUCCCAAAUUCCUGUUUCCUCAGCCUUUGUUCCGACACGUUGUCGAGAUCAACUACCUGUGUUACGAAGCCGCAAGCAGAGUUCUAUCUGCUAGCGGGAUCGCAGCUAAAGAACUUGCUCGAUAA